UCCACCACCAUCCAGAACGACCCUGAGAAUGAGGGUCAGGGGGCCCCGAACCCUUCUUCUGCUGCUCUCGGGGACCCUGACCCUGACCAAGACCUGGGCGGGCUCCCACUCCCUGAGGUAUUUCUACACCGCCGUGUCCCGGCCCGGCCGCGGGAAGCCCCGCUUCAUCGCCGUCGGCUACGUGGACGACACGCAGUUCCAGCGGUUCGACAGCGACGCCGCGAGUCCGAGGGCGGAGCCGCGGGCGCCCUGGAUGGAGCAGGAGGGGCCGGAGUAUUGGGAAGAAGAGACGCGGACCUACAAGGACAUUGCACACAAUUUCCGAGUGGAACUUAACGUUUUGCCUGACUACUACAACCUUAGCAAGGCCGGGUCUCACACCUUCCAGUGGAUGCAUGGUUGCUACGUGGACUCAGACGGGCGCCUCCUCCGUGGAUACAGUCAGUUCGCCUAUGACGGUGAUGACUACCUCACCCUGAACAAGGACCUGCACUCCUGGACCGUGGCAGACAUAGCAGCUCAGAUCACCCUGCACAAGUGGGAGGCAAGUGGUGUUUUGGAGCGCCACAAGGCCUACGUGAAGGACAAGUGUGUGAAGUGGCUCCUCAGACACCUGCAGAACGGGAAGGAGAUGCUGCAGCGCAUAGAGCCCCCAAAAACACAUGUGACCUGCCACCCCAUCUCUAACCAUGAGGUCACCCUGAGGUGCUGGGCCCUGGGCUUCUACCCUGCGGAGAUCACCCUGACCUGGCAGCGUGACGGGGAGGACGUGACCCAGGCCACGGAGUUUGUGGAGACCAGGCCUGCAGGGGAUGGGACCUUCCAGAAGUGGGAGGCUGUGAUGGUGCCUUCUGGAGAGAAGCAGAGAUACAUGUGCCGUGUGCAGCAUGAGGGGCUGCCCGAGCCCGUCAUCCUGAGAUGGGAGGUGCCUCUUGAGUCCACUAUCUCCACUGUUGGCAUCGUUGUCCUGGCUGUCUUGGUAGUUGUGGUCAUUGGAGUUUUGGUGGCUGGAGGAAGAAGUGCUCAGUGUGAGACAGCGGCCUGUGGGGGACUGAGUGACAAGAUUUGUUCACGUCUCAACCCCCAUUGUGACUUCAAGAACAUCUUUCUUCAAAGGGAAUCAGAAUGUGUCUGCAUUCGUAUUGGCAUACUGUGAUGAGGUGGGGAGACUGGUCUCCCCCACAAUCCCCUGACCUGUGUUCUCUUCCCUGAUUGACUGUUCCAGCAGAGAUGGGGCUGGGUCGUCUCCACCAAUGUCUUUACUUCAUGCUCCACUGAGCUGCAGUUUCUUAGUACCUUAUGGAAAAUAAGAAUGUGGAUAUGAAUUUGUUUUUUCAAAUUCUUGCCAUGAGGGAUUGACGGGUUAAUUAAAGGAGAAGAUUCCUAAAAUUUGGGAGAGAAAAUAAAUGGAAGCACUGAGAACCUUCCAGAAUCUGCAUGUUUGCUGUGCUGAGUCUGUUGCAGGUGGGGACAGGAGAAGCCUCUGAGGAGCUGAGCAUGGACAGGGCCUGUGACCACUCAGUGCUCAGUGCAUCGUGGGCUGUGAUGUGGUCACUCCUCAGCUGGGGCAUCUCUCUGCUCCUUUGCCCUUGUCCAUUCAGUAGAAACUUGUCCCACCAGGACCUGUGAUCACAAGGAUUUGGACAUCACCUGUGCCUUGUCACGUCUCCACGACCAUGGACAGCAAUGGCUUCAUGUGACUGAGUCAGCCUAGGCUCAGGCCUGGGUCCAGCCCUCAGUGCCUCUUUUGGGUGUUUACUUGUUGUUUCUUUGUUUCUGUAGAGGAUUAGGCCUGUUCUUGUUCUUGUGUAUGAGUUCUGGUCUCAUUCUCUUCUUGGUGUCCCUGUCUCAGCAGCAGGAGUUGUUUGGCCUGUCAUUGUCCCCGUAAGGCCAGGCAGCCCUGCACACAGAUGUCUGUGGUGUCCAAAGAUGAAUUUUCAGAAUCGUCCAGCUCUGUCCUCCUUUGAGGGCUUGAUUGUCAUUUUCACCUUUUCCAAACGUUCUCAAAGGAGAGAGAUUCUGGAAUUAGCAGAGAGGAGGGAUCCCAUAGUUUCUCAUCCUAAAUAAGUUCCUGUUGGGGUUCUUCUGCUCUGCAGUCUGCCUCCUGGCCCUUAACUCUAGUCAUCCUAGUACUGGCUCCAAUCUAAACUCACAAUUUAUAAAGCAGAGUCUACUUUAGAUAUAUACUUGCUUGGAAAAUAAAACCCGUAAGUCAAGAAU